GCACUCUCGCAAGCGGGGGUGAAACGAUGACGAGCGCGGGAACUCCAUCGGGCGUCGGUAUGGGCGAGAGCGUGGGCCCAUCAACAAUUUGGUUGGUGCUGGCAUGGACGUUUGACAUUGUCUUUGUCAUCCAGACCGUCUUCCUCUUUCUCUAUGGUGCCCAGUAUUGGUUCAUGUCCAUCUCCUUCUGGUUCCUCAAGGCGGGGAGCGAAGAGCGAUGCUAUUCCGACCAGAGCUACCCGCCUGCCCCGCCUGAGCGCCUUGAGCCAUACCUCCAGUUUUCGGACGAGGAGAUCCAGUACCCCAAGGUGCUCAUUCAGCUCCCGGUCUUCAACGAGGGCGCGAUUUGCGAGCGGUUGCUGAGCAAGUGCUUGGAGCUCGAGUACCCGACGCAUGCACUGGUCAUCCAGUUGUUGGAUGACUCGACGGACAACACGCCUGAGCUUGUGAAGCAGUUUCUGGCCCUGGUUGCGCCGACCAAGUUCCGUGUGGAACACGUGCGGCGGGAGAACCGGGUCGGCUACAAGGCCGGGGCGCUGCGUGAGGGCAUGCGGCUAGAGCCAGACGCGGACUUUAUCGCCAUCUUUGAUGCUGAUUUUAUGCCCGAGCCGGACUUCCUGGCGUACACGCUGCCGUACUUUUACAACGACAAGCACCAGGAGUCGCCGUACUACAAGGACAAGCUGUGCAGCAAGGGCGUGGCAUGCGUGCAGGCCCGGUGGGACUUUACCAACCGGUACUACAACCUCAUGACAUACAUCCAGGCUGUGGCGCUCGACGGCCACUUUAUGAUUGAGCAGCGGGUGCGGACGCAUCUCGGCUACUACAUGCACUUUAACGGGACUGGCGGUGUGUGGCGGCGCGAGGCGAUCGAGGACGCAGGCGGGUGGUCGCAGGACACACUUGCCGAGGAUCUCGACCUCUCGUUCCGGGCGCAGUUCCGCGGGUGGCAGAUGGUGUACGUCAAUGACGUGCUCGCACCCAACGAGAUUCCGCCGACGGUCUCGGCGUUUAAGAAGCAGCAGUACCGGUGGGCCAAGGGCUCGUUCCAGUGUGUGCUCAAGCACCUGGGCAAUGUGUGGCGGCAGGGCAACCUCUCGCUUUGGCGCAAGUACCAGUGUACCAUUCACCUCGCCGGCUACUUUAUCAAUCUUAUCAUGACGCUGGCCACGCUCACCUCGUGCGUCCUCUUCUGGUACUCGGAUCGAGUUUCGACUUUGGUCGGCAACCUGACCCCGAUUCUCAUCUUUGUCGGCCUCGGCCCGACCGCCAUGUACUUUACCUGCAUCCUGUCCAAGAAGAUCAUCCCGUGGAUGGAGAUUGCUACCUUCCCGCUUCUGGUUCUCCUUGGCUACGGCAUGGCGUACAACGACACGCUCGCCGUGCUUGAGGGCUCGGUCAAGAAGGGCGGCGAGUUUGUGCGGACCGAAAAGUACGGUCUUGUCGACGGCUCGGGUGCCUCGAUCACAAUGAGUGGCUCGUCUGCGCGGGUCACCAACGGGUCUGCAAAGUCGGUGACGCCGGCGCCGACCUCCAAGGCCCGCAACGCGCUUGUUACCAAGUUUAGCGACUACAUGGGCGCCACCGGGACGUUCAAGUCGGAGCUUGUCUUUUCUGUCGUUGUUGCCGCCCUCCUCUGCCUCCACAUUGUCCUCAACGGCGUGUCCGAUCCGGGCCAGCUCAUGUGGGUUUCGAUCUUUUUCUCAGCUCGUAUCUUCCUCGUUGCGCUGGUCUGGCACGAGCGGCGGCAGACCAUCUCACACUCUUUCCGCAACUCUAUGGAUCCGGCCUUUGCCCUCGCACCACACGACGCUGCAUCGGCGCGAAUCACCCGCUCGCCUUCCCAGGCCGCGCUUGCCAACUAUGAUCAUCUGGAAUAAAGUGAGCCAAGUG